UAGUAUUAUCAUCAAUACACAUAGCGACCAUAUUCUAUACUAUAUAGUGAGCUAGACUAGAACUAAUCCUGAAUCUUGAAAUGAUUGUUUGUUACAAGUCCUUAAUCGAAUCAUUUCACUCAUCUUUGACCAUCCCUUCAUAAAACUUUUUAUAAUGGAGAUAAAUAUAUACUAUAUAUAUAUCUAUUGCGAUUUUUUUGUAAUGUUGUUGGGGCUAUGGCCGGACCCAAAACUCUAGUAAACUAGCAGAGGCGUGUUCUUCCGUCUCGAAAUUGGCUUUAAAAUGGCUUUGGGGGGAGCCGGUGUGAUGAUUAUCACAGUUCUUUCGGUGGAAGUUUUUCUUUCUGCUCUAUUCGUCGCUUUGAGGUCUUGGACUCGCAAAGCUCUAAAGGCAGGAAUCGGCAUCGAUGACUACGUUCUUGUAGGAACUUGGGUAAUUAUAACCACGGUGAUCCUCAACGUCCAGAAUUUAGCACUAACGUGGUUUUACAAGGCCCUCCAAGCAGUUUUUGUGGGAUGCACCAUCGCCUCAGCCUUAUAUGGCCUUGGGCAACACGAUACAGAUGUAAGACGAGAAGACAGGCGAACGUCUAUCAAGAUAGGGAUUACUGGCCUUGCUGUGGUGUCAACAGCUGCAGGUACGGGUAAGGUGGCGGUAGCCCUAUUCCUAAUGCGUAUUGUCGUAUCCGUUUGGCACAAAGCAUUUCUGUGGUUCUGGAUCAUCACUACCAUGGUUUGGUCAAUUUUUCUGAGUGUUUCGUGUUUUGUUCAGUGCAUACCGGUCGCAUCUCUUUGGGACGAACGCAUAAAAACCUUCAGAUGUCCUCUAAACUUGGCGGUCAUCUCUAUCACUGCAUGUUCAACAGAUUUCUUCCUAGCAGCGUUCCCCUGGGUCGUACUGUGGAGGUUGAAUAUGCGGAGGAGAGAGAAAGUUACGAUUUGUAUCUCUCUCAGUUUAGGGGUGCUGGCGGGAAUUUGCGGGAUUAUUAGAAUCUUCAGCAUCAAGGGGCUGAGCCACGAAUCCGAUUAUCUAUCUGAUACGACAAGCGCCCUCAUCUGGACCAACAGUGAAUUGACCAUCACUCUCAUCUGCGUAUGCAUUCCUGUAUUACGACCUUUAUGGGUACGGCUCGUUGGUCGCACAUUCCCGGACCGGUACUCGAAACGUCCGAACAAAUCCUAUGGACUCUUUGCUGUUGCUAUUGGAAGAAAACCAACUAAGAAGACAGACACAGAAGUUGGCCUAAACAUCGUUUCGCGGCCGGGGGUUAAGGCUAUGCACACAACUAUAGUAGGUGCCAGUAGGCGUCAGUCUGGUACGGGAAGCGAACAGGGUAUUUUGCCGGAGAACAAUGUUAUUAAAGAGACUCGAGAGUUCACGAUUGUUUAUGAGGGUGGAAGUUCUAAUAUGAUUUAAAUGGGUGUUCUAAGACAGCGCUGGGCGCACCAUAUUUUCUUACCCAUAAACGCGAUUACGACGAAAGAUAUGACGGAAUAUAACGAUAGAAUCAUAUGAAGGAAAUUUAGUUGUAAUGAUAAAUGUUUAUGUGAACCCUAGAGAAAAAGGGACCGUAGGAUGCGCCGCCGAGUUUUCAGAGUCCCUAGAUACGAAGGUACAUAGGUAUCUAUGUGGUUAGCUGAGUAUGUUGGAACUUCGCGCUUUCGUUUCUCUCUUGAGGCAUUGAGUGAUGGUUCGAAUCGUUCGUGAUUUCGUAGAUAGGGGUUGCGCUUAGUCGAGUGGCACUUGGUAUUGAGUGUGGGUUGUAAGGUCAGUUAGCUCAAAUAAGCCUCACCCCCUCUUGUCUCUCCCGGAUUGAUCUGAUUAAUAUACCACAUUAACUAUCGAAUUUGGCCAGGGUGAUCCCCUAUAGGACGACAAGUCAUUAACUUCAAAGAAUUGUGGGCGCAAAAGUGUACUCUUGGGCCAGCUGGAAGUUAUCGGCCCUACGAUUAAUGAGGCUCUAUAGAAGUGUAAAUUCCAAGUUUCUCGUGGCAAAACCUGCCAC